GAGGCUGGAUGGCCAUCUGUCAGGGGUACUUUGAUUGUGCUUUUCCUGCAUGGCAGGGGGUUGGACUAGAUGGCCCAAGUAGUUUCUGUGAUGUAAUGAAAAAUCAAAGUGUGUAGUCCAUGCACUGCCUUGCCAGAGAAAGAAGAUUCGUGCCAUGCAGGUGAACAAUAAAGAAGUGGUUUAUUCUUCUCAAACCCAGAACAACAUAUGUACAAUGUACUCAGUAGCACCAACUCGCAUAUCUCGUCAUUUUAUGAGAGAUUUAAAAUAGUCUUUCCUUUGUCCACGUGGAUAAAUUCCUUCCAACAGCUUAUGAAGCAAGAGCACACUUCAAAAUUCUGUCUCUCACUCUCUUACUCUCACUCUCACUCACCCUCUGCUUCUCUCUUCAAACUGUCUCUGCACCUGCUUAACCCAAGCCUGAAUAAAAUUGCAACAGUAUCAAAAACUCCCAGGCUUAACAGUUCUCCAGACAUGGUUCAACCAAUCAACUUCAUGCAUCUUAUUUUGCAGUUGACACACACACACACAACUGUUUUCUUACAUAUCAUAGCAGUCUCUUCCAACUCUAUGAUUCUAUGAUUCUAGAUAACAAAAAACAGUAAAUAUUGCAAAGGAUCUCUUGAAGCAGACCAAAUUGGAAAGGGUUCAGUGUUACCCAGUACAUACCAGUGCAGAUCAAAACCGCUCUUUGAGAAGACAUAACUGUAAUAAGCUGUGUUGUCAGUGGAAGAGGAAGGCCAUCCCAUAUAGAAGGAGUGCACCAUUCUUCAGUCAAGGUUAAAACCCCAAACAAGCUCAAGAUCUAUUUGUAGGAGAACAUAGCAUCUGUUCCAUUGAUGUCAACUAACAAGACUGAAAUUGGGUCAGUACACAUUAUUUGGAUAAAACAACCGUUCUUCUGCUUUUCUUUGGAUCCUUCCAAGUAGGCAUGUAAGCCAUUUCUGUUGACUAAAUGCACAUCAGGAGGGAAAACAUUGGAAAGAUCAGAUGGGCAUUAUAUGAGCUUGGCUGCUGCAAACUUGAGACCUGUACAAGAAUGUGGGUGCUACCAACUGCUUAAUAGACAAUGGUUCGGCGAGGGCUGGUGGCAUGGCUCCCUCGGAUGGUGCUUUUGCUGGUGGUUCUCUGCUGCAUGGUAUCUGUACUGUAUAUGUUGGCCUGCACACCAAGAGGUGAGAACCAGCAGCUCAGCUUCCCUAGAGUCAACAGCCCUACAGGAAAAGAAGAAUAUCAGGCUAUCCUACAAGAAAGGGAAGAGCAUCACUGGGAUUACAUCAACAGUCUGAAGAGGCAAAUUGCUGAACUGAAGGAUGAGCUCCAACAGAGGAGUGAGCAGUUGAAGAACAUACAAGGGCACAACACUGACUCUAUGGGAGUGGUGGGAAUAGACCAAGGGAAUGCCGAGAAGCCCCAGAAAGCUCUCUUGCAGUACUUUCAUUCCCAAAUGGACAGAGCGGAGAUACACACUGGCGUGAAGCUCCCAAAUGAGUAUGCCGCAAUACCCUUUGAGAGCUUCACCCUGCAGAAAGUGUAUCAGCUGGAGAUGGGCCUUACUCGUCACCCGGAGGAGAAGCCAGCGCGGAAGGACAAGCGGGAUGAAUUGACAGAAGCUAUUGAACUGGGUCUGGAGACUUUAAACAGUCCGGCAAGUAGUAGCGGCCCAAACCAUCGGACAUAUUCAUCCUCUGAUUUCAUAGAAGGCAUUCAUCGAACAGAAAGAGAUAAAGGCACCCUGUAUGAACUGACAUUCAAAGGAGACAAAGGAUAUGAAUUCAAGCGAAUUGUUCUCUUCAGGCCAUUUGGCCCCAUCAUGAAAAUUAAGAAUGAAAACCUCAAUAUGGCCCACACCCUCAUCAAUGUCAUAGUCCCACUGGCAAAAAGAGCAAGCAAGUUUCGGCAAUUUAUGGAAAAUUUCAGGGAAAUGGGCAUACAACAAGACAGAAGAAUUCACCUCACUGUAGUUUAUUUUGGGAAAGAUCAAAUGAGUGAAGUCAAAGGAAUUCUGGAAAACACAUCCAGAUCAGCCAACUUCAAGAAUUAUACUUUCAUCCAGCUGAAUGAAGAAUUCUCAAGAGGCAAAGGCCUCGAUGUGGGGGCUCGGUUUUGGAAAGGAAGCAACGUUGUUCUCUUUUUCUGUGAUGUCGAUAUAUACUUCACAGCAGAAUUCCUCAACACAUGCAGACUGAACACACAACCAGGAAAGAAAGUGUUUUAUCCAGUUCUUUUCAGUCAGUAUAACCCAGGUCUAAUUUAUGGACAUCACAAUUCCAUUCCACCCAUAGAACAACAACUGGUUAUAAGAAAGGAUACAGGAUUUUGGAGGGAUUUUGGUUUUGGAAUGACGUGCCAAUAUCGCUCUGAUUAUAUCAACAUCGGAGGAUUUGAUCUUGACAUAAAGGGGUGGGGAGGAGAGGAUGUACAUCUGUAUCGCAAAUACCUCCACAGCAACCUCAUGGUGAUCAGGACACCUGUUCGCGGACUUUUCCAUCUCUGGCACGAAAAGCAUUGCUUAGAUGAAUUGACCCCUGAGCAAUACAAGAUGUGCAUUCAAUCCAAAGCCAUGAAUGAAGCUUCGCAUGGCCAACUCGGGAUGCUGGUCUUCAGGCGGGAGAUUGAGGCUCAUCGGCGCAAACAGAAAACAAUCAACAAGAAGACUUGAAGUGAAAUGGUGUGUUAAUUCUGAAUUGAAAAAGGAGAACCUCGAAGCCAGACUUGGAAGAUUCUGAACCUUAUUAUUGAUUGCACUGUUCUAUCUUGAUACCAUCUUAUUCCAUUCUUCGCCCAACCACAACAUCAGCCAAGAAGAUAUCUUUUUGUUUUUGUCCAUUUUUUGUUUUGGAAAUACACUCCAAACAGUUUUUCAGCAUGGAAUGACAUAUUAUAGCAUUAUAUAAAGCCUUACAUUUUAUGAAGUGAAUAUCCAACUGCUCAUAAUCAUUGGAAGGUCUUUGGAUAAUAUUUAAGUGGAGGUAUUCAUGACAAUCCUGAUUCAGCUGUGGCCUGAAAUCUGUUUCCGGGUUGCAAACACUCAGUGAUGACUUGAAUGAGCAUAAUAAUACGUCAGCUCCACGUCAAGUACACAUUUUUUUUCCUUGCACAUCGGCUGAUAAUGGAUUUCUCUUGCUAGAUCAAACCAUUUAGGAUAACUGGGACAUCCUUUGAAGAUGCUGAAAUCUUAUCUUCUGUAACUAUGGUCUUAAUGAUGCCUGGUGACAUUUCAGAAUUCCUUACUCUAUCCAAAUCACAAAUGCAAGAGACAAUUGGAGUUUGUUACAUGCAGUAGAAUUUCAGGGGAAAAACAUGCUAGCUAACCAAAAAGUCCAUAUUGUCUGAAUGUUUCUGAGUUAAGUAAAUACAAUGCGUUUACUUA